CCGGCCCGCCCGCACCGCCGCGCCGCCGCCGAGCGUUCUGGGCGCCGCGCGGCGUGGAUCCGGGAUGGGGCUUCGGGCGCUGGGCGCGCUCCGAACCCGGCGCACGUGAGAGCCGAGGAGCGCCGGGAGCCGCCCCGCUGCCCGGAGCCCCGUCACCUAGGACGGGGAGGAUGUCGGAGGCGCCGCCGCCCGUCCCCCGAGGAGCCGCCGCCCCUGGGGUCCCCGGGCAUGGUGCGCACCCCGGCUGGCAGCGCCUGGAGAAGACGGCGCCCCCCACGCCCGACCCGCGUGGCCCGGGCCGCGCCGCGCCAGCCCUCUAGGCGGCCGAAGAGCCCCCGCCGCUCCGCCGCCAGCGCUCCCUCAGAAACCAUGACCCCCGGCGCGCGCCCAUGGAGCCAUGGCCUAUAGUGUCCUGGGCCGCGCGGGGCCACCUCAGCCGCGGAGGGCGCGCAGGCUGCUCUUCGCCUUCACGCUCUCGCUCUCCUGCACUUACCUGUGCUACAGCCUCCUGUGCUGCUGCGACGACCUGGGCCGGAGCCGGCUCCUCGGGGCGCCUCGCUGCCUCCGCGGCCCCAGCGCGGGCGGCCAGAAACUUCUCCAGAAGUCCCGCCCCUGUGAUCCCCCGGGCCCGACGCCCAGCGAGCCCGGCGCUCCCAGCGCGCCCGCCGGCGCCGCCGCCGCCGCGCCCGCCCCUCGCCUCUCCAGUUCCAACCACUCCGGCUCGCCGAAGCUGGGUACCAAGCGGCUGCCCCAAGCCCUCAUUGUGGGCGUGAAGAAGGGGGGCACCCGCGCCGUGCUGGAGUUUAUUCGCGUGCACCCGGACGUGCGGGCCUUGGGCACCGAGCCCCACUUCUUCGACAGGAACUACGGCCGCGGGCUGGACUGGUACAGGAGCCUGAUGCCCCGGACCCUCGAGAGCCAGAUCACACUGGAGAAGACGCCCAGCUACUUCGUCACUCAAGAGGCCCCUCGACGGAUCUUCAACAUGUCGCGGGACACCAAGCUGAUCGUGGUGGUGCGGAACCCCGUGACCCGCGCCAUCUCCGAUUACACGCAGACGCUCUCCAAGAAGCCGGACAUCCCCACCUUCGAGGGCCUCUCCUUCCGCAACCGCACGCUGGGCCUGGUGGACGCGUCGUGGAACGCCAUCCGCAUCGGUAUGUACGCGCUGCACCUGGAGAGCUGGCUGCGCUACUUCCCGCUGGCCCAGAUCCACUUCGUCAGCGGCGAGCGGCUCAUCACCGACCCGGCCGGCGAGAUGGCGCGGGUCCAGGACUUCCUGGGCAUCAAGAGGCUCAUCACGGACAAGCACUUCUACUUCAACAAGACCAAAGGGUUCCCUUGCUUGAAAAAGCCGGAGUCAAGCCUCCUGCCCCGAUGCCUGGGCAAAUCGAAAGGCAGAACUCAUGUACAGAUCGAUCCUGAAGUGAUAGACCAGCUUCGGGAAUUUUAUAGACCUUAUAAUAUUAAAUUUUAUGAAACUGUUGGCCAGGACUUCAGGUGGGAAUGAGCCACCGAGAUGCAAAGGCAUGUCUCUUCCAUGAGGCUUGCCCUGAGACACUCUGAUCCUCUUCCCCCCAGCGAACCCAGGCUCCAGCCCCUGUUCCCAUCAUGGGUUCCAUCCUCCUGGGACCGGGGAGCCCAGUUAAGGCCAAGAGACCAGGGGGUCCCUGCCACUAGCCCUCCCCAGUCUGUCCAGGCGAGGAUGCUCUGUGUCUGGCAUGUCAGGUCAAUUCCAAAUGGUUUCCCUUUAGCCUCUAAGGGGCUUUAGGAAAAGCAGAUCUUCUGAUUAUGAUACAUAUUAGAAGUGGUGAUAGUUCUGUUGCUAUGAACACAGCAGUCUGUCCCUGUCACUAUCCACCCCAGAGUGGGCUUGUUGAUUUUGAGUGGCACGUACCUCUCCUCUGAGCUUAACUCCCCAAGCCGCCCUGGGUGAUGGAUGGGAGACCAGCCUUGCCCCCCUGACCUGAGCAGCUCCUGGGGAGAUCGCAGAGCAGGAAGCACCCGGCCACUCUGAGGAGGUAGACCCUUUGAUGAUGAAAUGAACCAGAGGCUUCAAAGCCUGUGGUCUCAACUCUGCUUGAAGGGGCGCUGUCUUUGAAAGCCACUCUGUGACUCUUCCCGCCCCCUGUGGACAAAAGCACAUAAUUCUGCUGUUACGGGUACUUUUCCUCACGCGAGCUUUCAUGUUCAGCAUGCGACCAAAUCGUGCUUGUCCGUGUGAAAUAAAUACGGCUCUCUCACGUC